UUUAUAUUCAUUUAAAAUAUUUUCAGAAGGUUUAGAAAAUUUUAUAGUUGCUGGAAAUUCAGAAAGUUAAUAUUUUAAGGUUUUUAAUGGUUUUUAAUCACUAGAAUAGUUUAUCUAUACUAGGGAUUAAAAAUAAUGAGAGUUUAAAUUAUAAAAACGAUUUUUAAAGAAGUUUAGAAGGGUUUGGGACGUUUUAAAGUUGCUGUAUUUUUUUUAGUACAAGUAUUUACUCGAUUUCUUGGUUGUUUUAGGCGGAGAAUUCACUGUAGGGGACUUUUAGUGCUUAAAAGUGGCCUACCGUUACGUUUAUACGAGCUCUACUAUUAUGGCUGCAAAUUUAGGAAACUACUUUAACCCUAUCGUCCUGACUGACGAUGAAGACGACGACCAUCAUCCACCCAUUGACCAUAGAGAAUAUGAAGAACUGCAUUGGAUAAUGCGUCGCAUCUUGAGGAGACACUAUGCUAGGGAUGAUGAAGUCAUCAUAGAAAUGGAUCAUGCUAGAGGAACUACCAGGGAAGACAUAUAUGAUGCAUGUAUGAGGGUGGAAUCUGAACCUGAGGAAGAUUUGGACACCAUACCUACUAGGCAGUCUAAGAUCAAGAGGAAAUUCGUUGACUACUAUGAGACUGACGAAGAGGACGAAGUUAGUGAUGAAGACUUUGUACCUCAACAAUAUAAGGAAGAUAAGGACAAGGAUGGCAGUGUAGUGCCAUAGGUUAUAA